AUGAAGUUUGAGGAUCUGCUUACUGAAUUGAAUGGCUUUGGCAGGUUCCAGACGAUGAUUAUUUGCAUCAAUUUUAUAGGACGAUUUAUCACCCCAUGUCACUUCCUGCUAAGCAACUUUAUCGCUGCCAUCCCGUCCCAUCACUGUGACAUCAGCUCUUUGGAUGUUGACGGGAUCUUUGGGAAUCUGAGCCGGGAGGAGAGGCUGACUGUCAGUAUUCCAAAACAGGAAGAUGGGACUCUUGCUUCCUGUCACAUGUUCUCUCAUCCUCAGUACCAACUGCUUUCAAAUUCAUCGAGCAGCACAGAUCUUCCUGUUGUUAGGUGUCAGAAUGGAUGGGUGUAUGACAACAGUACAUUCAGCAGCACUCUGGCCACACAGUGGGAUCUGGUGUGUGAUAAUAGAGGGCUGAAUAAAGCUGUGGCCACCAUCUUCUUUGUUGGAGUGAUGUUUGGAGCAGUUUUCUUUGGAGGCAUGAGUGACAGAUUUGGCCGUAAGCCGAUGCUGCUGGUGUCGUAUGUAUCAGCAAUGGGUUUUGCAGUGGCCAGCGCUUUUUCCUCCUCCUUCAUCAUGUUUGCAGUGUUGAGAUUCUUCACUGGAUUUACCAUCACUGGCAUCAUCAUCAUCACUUCUGUGCUCAAUGUGGAGUGGGUAGACAUUCAGCACAGAAGACUGGUUUGUGUGGUUGACAGUGUAGCAUGGGCCAGUGGGACCACUGCUUUAUCUCUUUUUGGGUUUUGUGUGAGAGACUGGAGAUGGUUGACAGUGGCCGUCACUUCACCUUUACUUCUGUGCACAAUCCUCUGGUGGUGGGUUCCAGAAUCGGCUCGUUGGCUGAUGGUCAAUGGAAAAACACAAAAAGCUCAUUAUUAUCUUCAUAGAUGUGCAGUUAUGAACCAUAGGGAGGAAGUUAUAUCAAGCAUCGAAUUUGAGGCUCUCUCUAGCAUCAUUACUACAAACACAGAAAAAAGGAAACAUUCUUACCUGGAUAUCAUCCGAACCCCUAAAAUGAGGAGACUGGCUUUGCUUACAGGAACCAUAUGGUUUUGUGUUGCCACUACCACCUAUGGAAUUGGCUUUAACAUCUCAGGCUUUGGGCUGAACUUGUACAUGACUCAGUUUGUUUAUGGAGCCAUUGAGAUUCCAGCUAAACUGAGCUUGUUUUAUCUGCUUGAAAAGAUUGGCAGACGUAGAACAGAGACUGGAGCUCUGCUAUUGGCUGCAAUCAGCCUCAUGAUUAACAUAUUCAUACCCAGAGAUCAGCAGGUUGGACGUACUGUGGUUGCUGUACUGGGAAAAGGUUUCUCAGUUGUUGCUUUUGCUACAAUUAUAUUAUACAGCUCUGAGCUUUACCCCACUGUCCUGAGGCAAAAUGGGCUGGGCUAUAACUCCUUCCUGGGUCGUCUGGGUGUGGCUUUGGCUCCUCUAGUCCUGCUAUUGGACAGCUUUUUGAGCUAUCUCCCUCAGAUCACCCUCUGUUGUGUGGCUCUCUCUGGUAGUCUGGUGGCCUGGCAGUUACCUGAGACACGGGGCAGAUGUCUACCUGAGACUAUAGAGGACAUUGAGGGCACUGAGGAAAAACUCAAAAAUCAUGACAACCACGAAGAAACCCAAACAAUUACGACAAAUGAAAAAUGACGACGGUGACCUGCUGAGAUCGUUCCAAAUUGUGUACGUUUUUAUCAAAU